ACUGGUAUCUUUGUCAUCGGCGCAUCGCGUACACAUUUCGAUAAAAGCAAUCGAAAUGGGUGCUCGUUCGUACGCAUGUUAUUAUUAAACUUUUAGUGCUAGUGAUGAAUGUGCAAGAUGAUAGCGUUAUUUGUAUUGUGUUUGUUAAUAUCACCCUCAUAUCUGUACCACGGAGAUAUUUGUUACGCCAAUAACUGUGCUGGUAGGUGUAAAUUAUUAUCACUAUGUCCAAGUCUGGUGAACGAAGUCAGACGGGCUGGUACUCCCAUGCCACCAUACAUGAGGAGGAAACUGCAAGACCUCGGAUGUGGAUUUGAACUGGACGAGCCACUUGUAUGCUGCGUAAAGGAGUCCAACACAUUUGACUACACGGAUGAUACUCGGAAACAACCAGAUUAUUGGGCUCCCACAGAACCACCUAAACCCUACACUCAACCAAAUAUUCAAGUGAAUAACCGAGGAGAAACGAAUGGAAUUGACCAGCCUCUUGAUGUGAGAAAUCACCCCAACUUGCAACUAUUACCAAAAGACUGUGGAACUAUUGAAGGCGAUCGGAUUUUCGGAGGAAAUAGAACUUCGUUGUUUGAAAUGCCCUGGAUGGUUCUACUUUCAUACCAAACAGGCCGAGGUAUUAAAUUAAGCUGUGGAGGUACCUUGAUAACAGAAUGGUAUAUCCUUACUGCUGCGCAUUGCGUGUCCUUUCUUGGUAACAAAUUGCAGCUGGAAGGUGUCAUUCUUGGAGAACAUGACGUCAGGCAGAAUCCGGACUGUGAGAGGGUUGAUGGAGAGUUAAUGUGCGCACCACCUGCUCGAAAUGUAACAAUCGAUCGUGUGAUAACUCAUCCAGGAUACAAUCCACAAACUCUUUUCGAUGAUAUUGCGUUAGUGAGGCUGUCGGAACCUGCCGAUUUUUCUUUGGAUAGUAUGAAAGCUGUAUGCUUACCAACAACACCAGAGCUUAUAAAUCAGACUUUAGAAGGAUUACAAGGUAUUGUUGCUGGAUGGGGGGCAACUGAAGACGGCCUACAGAGUCCUGUUCUGCUCAGUGUCGCCCUACCAAUGAUUAGUAAUAGAGAAUGCCAGAAUAUUUAUAACGGUUCUCCUCGCAUAUACGACAGUCAAUUAUGCGCUGGUGGGGUUCGAGAUAAGGACUCGUGUGGGGGCGACUCUGGAGGACCCCUAAUGUACCCUGGCCGGACAGAUUCGACGGGUGGCGUCCGAUACGUACAGCACGGUAUUGUCUCCUAUGGAUCCAAAAGAUGCGGUAUUGGCGGCUACCCUGGCGUUUACACAAGAAUAUCAUAUUACAUGGAGUGGAUUUUGGAUAAUUUAAGCUAGUCGUGGCUAUGCUUAUAGCAUGUAUUAUAUUAAUUAUCGUAUUAAGGUUAGGUUUAAAACGUAUGAAAUCUCUAUGAAUCUAAAGAAUCUGAAAUGACAUAGUUUAACAAUUAUCAAGUUCAAGGAAUAAAGGAAAAACACUCGAAUGCGUACAAUAACUAUAUAGUAAUACAUUAAGGUAUAUAAGGUGUAUAGUAAACUGUCAUUUACUAUGAUGAAAAGAGGCUGUAUAUGUAAUAAUUUAUUAAAAGUUGCUCUAUGGUUAUUGUGAUACUUAAUAAAUAUAACCUUAGAACCUUGUCUUUAAACGUCAUAUAAAAAAAACAAAUAGGGUCGAUUCAAAAUAUUGUACUAAACUAAAAGGCUAUUUCAAAGCGUAACUAUAAACUUUAAUAUAUGUUUGUUGACAUGGUAACGAACUUUUGUAAGUAUUAGUAAAAACUGUCAAAUAAAUGAAAAACAUCCAACCAAAACCA